AUGAGGCUUAGAAAUGCGAGAUUAGGCUAUCUGUUACUGCAGUUUAUAGCGCUGUCUUUCCACACACAGAUAUCCGCACAGUACCCGCCAAACUUCAGGCAUCACGUCAACGAGCAAAGCCGUCUGUCGGAUAGAAUGAGCCGGAGACUGACCAGGACAUAUCAGCUCUACAGCCGAACGAGUGGCAAACAUGUGCAGGUGCUCGGAAACAAACGGGUGAAUGCCAACGGCGAGGACGGGGAUAUCCACGCCAAGCUCAUAGUGGAGACAGACUCGUUUGGGAGUCGGGUCCGCAUCAAAGGUGCUAAGACUGGCUUCUACAUCUGCAUGAACAAGAAAGGAAAGCUCAUUGGAAGGAAAAAGGGCCACGGGCGCGACUGCAUCUUCACAGAAAUCGUGCUGGAGAACAACUACACGGCGCUGCAGAACGCCAAGUACAAAGGCUGGUACAUGGCCUUCACGCGCAAGGGCCGGCCGCGCAAGGCCUCGCGCACCCAGCAGCACCAGAGGGAGGCGCACUUCAUGAAGCGGCUGCCCCGCGGCCACCUCCUCACCGAGAGGAGGCCCUUCGACAUUGUGCCUUACGCCGUCAGCAGAAGGACUAAGCACGGGCGGCACAACCAUCAAAACCACAACCAACAGCAUCAGAGGCAGAAGGCUGUUCAUCGGUAGGAGGGCGAGACGGCUACAUGUAGACAGUGUG